AUGCCUCGCGCCGCCGUCGAAACCUCCGCCGCCGUCGUGCGCAGGAGAAACGGCCUCCUCUUUGACCGCGCCACCGAGACGCCCUCGCCCACGCCCGCCUCCUCCUCUCCCCCGCCCACCGGCGCCAGCAGCCGCCCUCCCGCCACGGGCAGCGCGCGCAUGGGCACCGACUGCUUCACCACGACGACGCUCGAAACCACCAUCUGCGCGCUGACCACGGACCGCGGCCGCGUGCGCACCGGCGAGUGCCUCCCCACCCAGGUCGCCUCGAGCGAGUGUCGCCCCAACUUCAUGUGCACCACCGACACGAGCAACAACGACGUCUGCAUGCCCCGCCACGACGGCCUCGACACGGGCGGCAUCGUCCUCGCCGUCAUCUUCGGCGCUCUCGUCGCCCUCGCCAUCGGCGUCCUCGCCUUUCUCUGCUGCCGCGACCGCCGCCAGCAGAAGCGCUUCGCCGCAAAGGCAGAGGCCGUCGCCCUCGCCCGCGCCCACACCCGCAAGCAGCGCGCCCAGCAGCAGGACGCCCGCACCCCGCUCAUGCGCCAGCAAGAGGGCGCCCCGGGCAGCCCCAAUCCCUUUCAGGACUCGAGCCAGCCGUGA